AAGAAUAGAAUAGAAUAGAAUAGGAAUAUCUAAUUUACGAACUCAACCCUGACGAUGGAGCUCCGCAAUCCAGACGGUUGAAAUGUUCCCGCCGCCGCAGCAGCCACUGACGAACCUCCCCUCCCUGCCGGACCUCCUCCUGACGGCCCUCUCGGUCUGCUUCCUAGUCUCCUCCUCCAAGUCCCACAUCGCCACCACGCGCUGCCCCUUCCCUGGGCGCAUCCUGAAAAUCCCGGCCAUGUCCCUGAGCUCCUCCUCCUCGACGUCGGCCGUCCCUCCGCGGCGGCACAACUUCGCCUCCCCGCAGUCCCUCUCGGAGUGGCUGAAGCCGCGGCUGCCGUCGGAGUCCCUGGCCUCGUGGGGCGUGAAGCCAGGCACGAAAAACGUGCACAACCUCUGGCUGGAGCUGUCCCAGGGCGAGACCUCCCUGGCCGACUCCACCCCUCCGGUCCGAACCGUCCACGUGGUCCUCGUGCGCAUCAAAGGCAAGGACGCCAAAUUCCUGGUGGAGUCGCACCAGGAGCUCUCCGACGGCAACGUGCGGAAGCGCGGCAGGCCUCUCUCCGAGAAGAUGAAGCCCAACGAGGACCCCGAAUCCGCCGCCGUCAGGGGAAUUUUGGAGGAGCUUGGCUCCGUCGUUGCCGCCGCAAACGCCUUUUAUUCUAGGGUUGAGGACAUUGUCACCAUUCAUCCCAAUUCCUACCAGAUGCGGGUCGAGGAGCGCGAUUCCGCUUCCUACCCCGGUUUGCCCGGUUGCUACGUCUUGCACACGCUUCAUGCCACUGUCCAGGGUUUGCCGGAAGGGGACUUUUGCACCUACGAGGUUGAUGAGUAUCAAGGGGAUUUUCACCACAAGAAUGUUGCUCACAAGGCUGUUUCUGUUAAGAAGCACUAUUGGACUUGGUUUUUAUGGGUAUGAUGAUGAUGAUGAUAAUAUUGAUUCCAACAGUUUUUUACUUGUAAUAUAUUUGAGAUAAUAAGGUGGGGGCAAUUGUUAUGUUACCGAUGAUAGAGUAUCAAGCUGUGAUACUUGUAUUGUACUUGGUGUCAAUAAAUCACGGGUAUAGAAUUUGAUGUAAUUAUAUGACAUUUCAUGGUUUUGCUUUACUUUUCUUAUUUGCAUUCUGGCUUUUGCUUGAGUUGUAUAGUUAGAAAUAGCUGUGGUAGUCAGAUAAGUUGUGUUGGAUUAAAAAUGGGCUGAGCGAGUUGCUGUUAGCUUGCUUGA